UCAUGAGCGCGCGCUGUCGUGCUCUACAUUAGCCAGUUUGUUAUCGUCUGCUUUUGUUUGGUCUUUGUUUACACGUCAAGCCAGAACAUAAUGACUUCAUGGAGAACGACUGUUAUUGUCAGUACUUCGCUCCAGAAUAAUGAAGCUUUGCGGGUGCUCUUGGCACAGCAACACAGACUUCGCUAUUCAGACAGUGUUGAAAUUGGUUCUUUCGUGUUCCCUCUGUCAGGGACAGCGUUCAUGCUGAUCACCCCAGAGGAGUUCCCAGAGAAGGCUGAGAGCACAGAAUACUUUAAACGGAUCGAAAAGUUUGUACAAGUCCACAGAAACAGCUUUCUUCUGCUUCAGUCCCCAGUCUAUGGAACGCGGGAAUGGCAGAUUUUGUCUGCAGUGCAGAAGAGAUUUUUUGGCAGUAAUCUCAAGGUUAUACCCAUCCAUAGUAAUGUUGACAUUGUCAAGGCAGUGCUGAGUAUUGCUAAGGCCACCAGCAAGCCCCAUGCAGACAGCAUACGGGAUCGAAUGGCUUUAGCUCGAGCUCGCAUCAUUGAAUGCAGCCCAGUUUGGGAAUUACUAGGUAACAUGAAGCUCCAUCAGCCACAGUGAGAGUGUUUAUGUAUUAAAGCCACACUUAGAUUUUUA